AUGUAUAAAGUUGUGCAAAACGUACAUCCCAUGGACCAUCAGAUGUUCAUCGGAUCUAUUUUGGACCUACAAUGGACGUCCAGAUAUCCAGAAGUGGACGUUCGAUGGACAUCCAUUGGACGUCCACGUGCUGUCUGGGAGUGUGUCAUCCACCAUAGCUUCAUGGAACCUGGCAGAUCGAUCGUGGCGGAUGUCUACUGCAACCAACUAGACGAUAUGAUGCAAAAUCUUGCGAUUAAACAGCCGAGAUUGGUCAAUCGAUCAGCUCCCAUCCUCUUGCACGACAACGCUCGACCUCACACCGCACGAACGACCGUGGCAAAGCUACAGCAGUUGGAGUUAGAGACUCUCCGUCACCCACCAUAUUCGCCAGACCUUGCACCUACUGACUACCACUUCUUUCGAAAUUUGGACAACUUCUUGUUGGGAAAAAAAUUCAAUUCCGCAGAGACUGUGAAAACGGCCUUCCAACAGUUCAUCGACUCCCGUGAGCCAGACUUCUACAGCAAAGGGAUAAAUGAGCUACCGUUGAAAUGGCAAAAGUGUGUCGAUAACCUGGGUGCAUACUUUUAUUAA